AUGGCGUAUACGCAGCACACAUCUGAGACGUGUAACCCAGUGCUGCAGAAGUUGAAAGCAGCGGGAGCAAAGGCAAAUCCUGUUUGCCCUCCUGGACCUCAGCGCUGGUGUCAGAGGUGCUUUAUGGAGCUGCUUCAAAAACACAUUCCACUCCACCAAUGCUCCACGCAUUCAAGACAGUCGCUUUAUCCUGAGAACACCUUCAUGGCCAAUCGGGUCUGGCUAAUGAGACAAGAUGGGUGA